GAGAGGGUGCUGGGUGGGGAGAGCAGGCGAAGCCUAGUGGCGGCAGAAGAGUUGGAAAGCUCUUAGGAAAAACAGAGGGAUUCUGGGCAAACCUGGGUUUACUAGGGUUUUCGGAACACUGAACCAGGAGGGAACUGGGAGUUCUUAUGCAUUUAGAAGAAGAUAUGUCUGUGACGUAUGGGAGAACUUGGGGCAGUGGGAAGCCGGGGGCUGCUUGCUGGUGACUUAUCAGGAGUUAGAUGUGCAGGGCCCCUCAGUAGAGGCAGGGAUCAGGCUGGGGGACAUGGGGGAGGUUUUACAGCCUGUCUUGACCUGUGAGGCCAGGAGCGGGGUGGAGGCCUAUAGAGCAGAGUCCACUUAGGUCUGCCAGGUCCAAGGCAGCACCACCCCACUGUGACUUCCCUAGAUGCUUAGGCCCUGGGGCUGUCAGGACCUCCUCCCCUCCAGCCACCAGGGCUCACUCUGUACACCCUAGGGACUCUUGGGCUUUUUAGCUUCAUAUGGGCCAUGCCUCUGGGGUUGGGGAAGCGAGAGCCUGGCAAACCUUGGGCCCCGAGGAUGCUGGAGGGAGAGAAAAAUGGGAGGAACUUGGGUCAUGGUGUCUGGCAAGACGGAGGGCUGCCUUGGCAGCAUCAGGAAGAGGAAGUGGCACCAGCCGCCAGCUCACAAGCCCUGGGACGUGCCCAGACCUGGAGAAUGCUGCCUGGGCACCCCCAAACCAGCAGAUGGAGAGGGAGCUCCUCUCCCAAGUGUCUGACGCAUUCAUGGCUAAAGCAGUAUUGGGAGGUUGACUGGAGAAAGAGGUACAAGAUUCCCAGCUCGUAGGGUUCACAGAGGCUGCAGAAAUGAGGCAAGGAUCUGUGCGGGGAACUUUCUGGGGGUUUUCAUCCCAACUUUGCCUUUGACUGACUGUGUACACCUAAGCAGGUUUCUCUGAGAUCCUCACUGUCCUUAUAUGUCACCGUGGGGUGGAGGUGAUAAUGCUGGUUCUAUCUUGCUCUUUGCUACCUUGUUAAUUAGCAUCAGGACUAAGGACAGAGGACAGAGAGAAGGCUGGACCAUGGGGGCUCUGUGUCUCCCGUACUUAACUGACCAGUCCUUUUCCAAGUAUAGAGGAACCCCAGUUCCCUCGUGGCGCAAAUUUCCAAGAGCUUGAGUAAAGAGGGUAUCCCCAGAAUUCCUCAGCUUUUCCUAUGAUCUUUCCAGCCCUGUGCUUCCCACAUGUCCUUACCUGUCUGGUCUCCGCACCCCAGCACUCCCUCGCCCUUCCGCCACUUAUCUGCGCUCCUCUUCCCUUCUCUACCUUUGCUCACCUCCGGCUUUUUUCUAACUCCAACUCCGGGAGGAGGGAGGGGUUCCUCUGGUUUCCAACACUGGCCCACUUUGCAUGUUGCCUUGCAUUUUGCAUCUAGAUCUGGUGGUGCUCCAGAGAACGGCUUUCUCAGGUGUGACGUGAGCCAAGCCCUAACUGUCCAGAAGAGUGAGCGCUGAUCCCUGUGACCUGAUCAGAAGGACUGAGGGGCUUGCUGGGCUCUGCACGUCCCCGGGCCCCUCCAUCUGGGCCCCUGUGGAGAGGAGGGGCCAAGCAAGCAGGCAGCUGGGCUAUGGUUUGGUGCCUCAGUCUGGCUAUCCUCAGCCUGAUCAUCAGCCAAGGGGCUGACGGUCGAGGGAAGCCUGAGGUGGUGUCGGUGGUGGGCCGGGCCGGGGAGAGUGCGGUGCUGGGCUGUGACCUGCUGCCCCCGGCUGGCCGGCCCCCUCUGCAUGUCAUCGAGUGGCUGCGCUUUGGAUUCCUGCUUCCCAUCUUCAUCCAGUUUGGCCUCUACUCUCCCCGCAUCGACCCUGAUUACGUGGGGCGUGUCCGGCUUCAGAAGGGGGCAUCUCUCCAGAUCGAGGGGCUCCGGGCUGAAGACCAGGGCUGGUACGAGUGCCGCGUACUCUUCCUAGACCAGCACAGCCCUGAGGAAGACUCUGCUAACGGCUCCUGGGUGCAUCUCACCGUCAACUCGCCCCCUCAGUUCCUGGAGACGCCUCCCCAGGUGCUCGAAGUGUGGGAACUGGAGCCGGUCACCCUGCGGUGUGUGGCCCAAGGCAACCCCCAACCUCGGGUGACUUGGAAGCUCCGAGGACAGGACCUCGGCCAGGGCCAGAGUCAAGUGCAGGUGCUGAACGGAACGCUGCGGAUCCGGAGGGUGGAGCGAAGCAGCGCCGGGGUCUACACCUGCCAAGCUUCCAGCACCGAGGGCAGCGCCACCCACGCCACCCAGCUGCUGGUGCUAGGACCCCCAGUCAUCGUGGUGCCCCCCAAGAACAGCACAGUCAAUGCCUCCCAGGAUGUUUCUCUGGCCUGCCGAGCUGAGGCAUACCCUGCUAACCUCACCUACAGCUGGUUCCAGGACAGCACCAACGUCUUCCACAUCAGCCGCCUGCAGCCCCGAGUGCGGAUCCUGGUGGAUGGCAGCUUGCGGCUGCAGGCCGCCCAGCCUGAUGAUGCCGGCCGCUACACCUGUGUGCCCAGCAACGGCCUCCUGCGCCCGCCCUCGGCCUCUGCCUACCUCACUGUGCUCUACCCAGCGCAGGUGACCGCCAUGCCUCCUGAGACGCCCUUGCCCGUGGGCAUGCGGGGGGUGAUCCGAUGCCCCGUUCGUGCCAACCCCCCAUUGCUCUUUGUCAGCUGGACCAAGGAUGGGCAGGCCCUGCAGCUGGACAAGUUCCCCGGCUGGUCCCAGGGCCCAGAAGGCUCCCUGAUCAUUGCCCUGGGGAACGAGGAUGCACUGGGAGAAUACUCCUGCACCCCCUACAACAGCCUUGGCACUGCAGGGCCCUCCCCGGUCACCCGUGUUCUGCUCAAGGCUCCCCCAGCUUUUCUGGAACGUCCCAAAGAAGAAUACUUCCAAGAAGUAGGGCGAGAACUCCUUAUCCCCUGCUCUGCCCGGGGAGACCCUUCACCUACUAUCUCUUGGGCCAAGGUGGGCCGGGGGCUGCAGGGCCAGGCCCAGGUGGACAGCAACAGUAGCCUCAUCCUGCGACCACUGACCAAGGAGGCCCACGGACGCUGGGAGUGCACGGCCAGCAAUGCUGUGGCCCGAGUGGCCGCCUACAAUGUCUACGUGCUGGGCACCAGCCCCCACGUUGUCACCAAUGUGUCUGUGGUACCUUUGCCCAAGGGUGCCAAUGUCUCCUGGGAGCCUGGCUUUGAUGGUGGCUAUCUGCAGAGAUUCAGUGUCUGGUACACCCCCUUGGCAAAGCGUCCUGACCGAGCCCACCAUGACUGGGUGUCCCUGGCAGUGCCCGUGGGUGCUGCUUUCCUCCUAGUGCCAGGCCUGCAGCCCCACACCCAGUACCAGUUCAGUGUCCUCGCUCAGAACAAGCUGGGGAGCGGGCCCUUCAGCGAGAUUGUCCUGUCUGCCCCUGAAGGGCUUCCUACCACACCAGCUGCCCCCAGUCCUCCCCCGACAGAGAUGUCGCCUCCCCUGUCCCCUCCACGAGGUCUGGUGGCGGUGAGGACGCCCCGGGGGGUACUCCUGCACUGGGAUCCCCCGGAACUGGUCCCUAAGAGGCUGGAUGGCUACAUCCUGGAGGGCCGGCAGGGCUCCCAGGGCUGGGAGGUGUUGGAUCGGGCCGUGGCAGGCACUGAAAUGCAGCUGUUGGUGCCAGGACUUAUCAAGGACGUUCUCUACGAAUUCCGCCUCGUGGCCUUCUCUGGUAGCUAUGUCAGUGAUCCCAGCAACACAGCCAACGUCUCCACUUCUGGCCUGGAGGUUUACCCCUCGCGCACACAGCUGCCAGGCCUCCUGCCCCAGCCAGUGCUGGCCGGCGUGGUGGGCGGGGUUUGCUUUCUGGGCGUGGCUGUGCUCGUGAGCAUCCUGGCCGCCUGCCUCAUGAACCGGCGCCGAGCUGCCCGUCGCCGCCGCAAACGCCUCCGCCAAGAUCCACCUCUUAUCUUCUCUCCCGCUGGAAAGUCAGCUCUCCACUCUGCUCCGGGCUCGGGCAGUCCUGACAGCGUGGCGAAGCUGAAGCUCCAGGGUUCCCCAGUCCCCAGCCUGCGCCAGAGUCUGCUCUGGGGGGAACCCGCUGGACCCCCCAGCCCCCCUCCGGAUCCUCCACCUAGCCGGGGGCCCUUACCCCUGGAGCCCAUUUGCCGGGGACCAGAUGGGCGUUUUGUGAUGGGACCCCAGGUGGGGACCUCCCGAGACAAGUCAGGCCCUGAGCAGUCCGAGCCUCGGACCCCAGCUCGGCGUCAGGCCAGGUCCUAUGAUUGCAGCAGCAGCAGCCCCAGUGGGAUGCCCCAACCCCUCUGCAUUGCAGACAUCAGCCCUGUGGGGCCCCCUCGACCGGCCCCACCCAGUCCUCUGCCAGGUGCAGGACCCCUGCUCCAGUACCUGAGCCUGCCCUUCUUCAGGGAGAUGAAUGUAGAUGGGGACUGGCUCCCCGUGGAGGAACCCGGCCCUGCUCCACCCCCAGAUUACAUGGAUACCCGGCCCUGCCCCACCUCAUGUAACCUCCAGCCCCUGGACUGCCACUCUGAGUCCCCCAGGGCAGCACUUCCCGGGGCCAUGGUUGGGGUUGGGGCCGCCCCGGAGCCCCCGUACACAGCACUGGUUGACUGGACACUGAGGGAGCGGCUGCUGCCAAGCCUUCUCCCUGCUGCCCCCCGAGGCAGCCUCACAAGCCAGAGCAGUGGGCGGGGCAGCGCCUCCUUCCUCCGGCCCCCCUCCACAGCCCCCUCUGCAGGAGGCAGCUACCUCAGCCCCGCUCCAGGAGACACCAGCAGCUGGGCCAGUGGCCCUGAGAGGUGGCCCCGGAGGGAGCAUGUGGUGACAGUCAGCAAAAGGAGGAACACGUCUGUGGAUGAGAACUACGAGUGGGACUCAGAAUUCCCAGGGGACAUGGAGUUGCUGGAGACUCUGCACGUGGGCUUGGCUGGCCCUCGAUCCCGACUUGAAGCUGAGCCAGAGCUAGGUGUGAAGACUCCAGAGGAGAGCUGCCUCCUGAGUGCUGCCCAUGCUCCUGGCCCUGAGGCCCGCUGCGCUGCCCUUCGGGAGGAAUUCCUGGCCUUCCGCCGGCGCCGAGAUGCCGCUAGGUCCCGGCCACCAGCCUAUCGACAGUCCGUCUUCCACCCUGAACAGGCCACUCUGCUGUGAAUGCCCUAACGUGAGACAGGGUGAAGGCGCACGGACCCUGCAGGGGAAGCCCCCAGCAAGAUCUUUCUCCAGCUGGGGAUGCUGCCCCUGCCCCUUUGGUGCUCAGUCAGAGACCCUGACAGUGGGCUUGCUGAGGGGUGUACGGACUGAGGCCCUCGAGUCUGAGGACUGCAGCGGUGAUCUUAGGUCUGCCUGUGUGCGUCCGUGUGCGUGCGUGUGUGUGCGUGCGUGUGUGUGUGUGUGUGUGUGUGUGUGGUGUUUGUGGUGUGGGUGAGGCUCUUUUUUACAGGUAAAUAAAGUGAAAAAAUCUU